CGAGCUCUGACGCCAUAACCGCAUGUCUCUGAGCAUGUGCUCCAAGGACCCCACGGAGAGAAGUACUGACUGACAACUGGUGUGGACGCAAGACUGUCACGUGUGCGAGAUUUKGCGACUGCAAAAUAUAAAGGCACGUACGUAGGACUAGAUGAAUAAACUCCCAUAUUAUUGGCAGCACUUGGAGCAGGAGCAGCCGCAGGGUAGUACCCUUGGGGCAUCUGGUUACUACUGUACGAAAAUAAUCCAGAAUGUCCAGUUUACUGUUUCUUUGCUGUUUGAUAUGUUCCGGCGUUAUUUGUACUGGAGCUUCAAGUGACAACAGGCCAUUAAAACGAGAAAAGGUAUUGGGAUCAGAGGAUCUUGAUGUCAGUGAAAUACRUAAUCUUCUUGAGCACGACAAUCCUCAAAACGAUGAUGAAAUCCGGGCAGCUUUUCCAGUAAUGAACGCAUUCAAGUCCCAUCAAUUAUUYUCUCCAGAAGACUUAAAAGAUAAGAGAGAAUACGAGAAUACAGAUGAAUCGAACAUUGAACAGGCUGUACAAGCAGCUUUGAGGAAACUUCGUAAGAAAAAGGCAUUUUAUGACGAUGCUGUAAAACAAAACACUGCUGCUUUUGACGACGAGGGGCAUAAACAUUUAGCAGAUAAACACGAGAAAAAGAAUGUGACAGCGAAAGAACUCAUUGACGAAGUCGUGAAAGAUGAGAUCAAAAGCCAUGGAGGUUCGCCWGACAAUGAAAGUGACGAUGACGAAGAAUCUGGAGAAGACUCAAGAGCAAGCUCAAGGUCUAGUUUUGAUGAUAAACAGAUUCAUAAGAAACUGGCUGAGAUUGCUCUUUUGGAGAACAAGCUUGCACAUUUAGUUCGACAAGUCAAGCACUACCUGAAAAAGAAAAAAGCCCAUGGACAUAAAUCGGAAGGGUUGGAAGAUAACGAUGAUGUUGAAACUAUUUUAGCCGAAGCUGACGAAAAGAAAAAGAGAAGUGGAAUACCACACACUUCAAUCCUCGAAAAAUUYCGAAAAAAUCCGGGCCUCGUCGACAAAUAUAUGAACAGUAUACUAAAUGAUGAUAGUGACACAGUUAAUGGAAACCAGAGAGACUUGCUUGGUAAGAAAGAGAUGGAGACGGCGUUGCUUAGAAACGUCGUACCUGGAGAAAUCAACUCGAUCCCGUUGUCAAGGCUUGAUAAAGAAAGUGAUGAUUACGAGAAUAUGGCUACCGAUAGAGGUGUUGCUCGAGACGCAAUGGUCGAGUCGCCAUUUUCUAUUCUUGAUGUAAAGAAGACGACUGGCAAGAAGUUUCGACACGAUGUUUCUUAAGCUAUUUAAUUUUCAUCCGCGUGAUUAAACUUUAUGCUGAUUGGUUCGUAUUUAGGGACAAUAAAAACUAUUAAUGACGUCACCAUCUAGACCAACCAAUUAUAUUUCAGAAAGAGCUCGCAAAAUUUAAAUUUAUGUAUUUUUUCAUAGAAUGUACUUUUCAAAAGAUUUCUCGUUAUCACGAUUUCACUUGUGUUUUUCAGUGUUUCUUACACCUGGAAUCUACAAAAAACCAUGCGCACCGGCAAUGACGUCAUUAUAACAACAUCAACGACAAAAACGAUUUUAAUGAAUACAUCAGUAAUCAUAUAUCAAUGAAUUCAAUUAUAUAAAUGUAGAGCACAUUUGUGAUUCUUGGAAGCAUUAAUUUAUAUAUCUAUAAUAAUAAUAAUAAUAAUAUUAUUAUUUAAGAGUUUCUUUGUUCGUGGGAAUCAUGACUUUACUACUUUUUUUUUUGUUUCAUGUACGUAUUUAUAGCAGGAAUAUGAAAAUAAAUACGUGGAUGAAACAAAAAAAGUGAUAAUUGAAGUAAAGAAUAUUCGCAUGAAGGCUCAAUUAUGUAACAAUCAAACAUCAAUUUGAAAUAUUUUUCUGMAAUAUAUAUUUCGCUAUAUAUUAAACAAUGACAAUAUUUUGCAAUACUCUAAA